CGCCAGCCGCGGGGGGCGUGGGAUGGGGGAGGCGGCGGAGGGGAGCGCCCGCUGCCACUAGAGCCAACCGCGCACUUCCGAAGGGUGUCGCGGCUGCACUCCCCUCCCGCGCCCCGGGAACUUCAAAGCGGCCCGCGCCGCCCGGUCUCCCCGCUGCGCUCUGGGGCCCCGCAGCCCGGUCCGGGCCGCCUGGUGGCCAUGACCCCAGCGCGCGGCUCCGCACUGAGCCUGGCCCUCUUGCUGGUGGCCUUGGCCGCCGAGCUCGCGGCAGGACUGAAGUGUGUGUGUCUUUUGUGUGAUUCUUCGAACUUUACCUGCCAAACGGAAGGAGCAUGUUGGGCCUCUGUCAUGUUAACCAAUGGGAAAGAGCAGGUGAUCAAGUCCUGUGUGUCCCUCCCAGAGUUAAAUGCUCAAGUCUUCUGCCACAGUUCCAACAACGUGACCAAGACCGAAUGCUGCUUCACAGACUUCUGCAACAAUAUCACACUUCACCUUCCAACAGUAUCGCCAAAUGCUCCCAGACUUGGCCCCACCGAGCUGACCAUUGUCAUUACUGUGCCUGUUUGCCUCCUGUCCAUAGCUGCCAUGCUGACAAUAUGGGCAUGCCAGGACCGCCAGUGCACAUACAGAAAGACCAAGAGGCACAACGUCGAGGAACCUCUGGCAGAAUAUAGCCUGGUAAACGCGGGAAAAACACUCAAAGACCUGAUUUAUGAUGCCACCGCCUCAGGUUCAGGCUCUGGUCUGCCUCUUUUGGUUCAAAGAACAAUUGCGAGGACUAUUGUCCUUCAAGAAAUCGUAGGAAAAGGUCGAUUCGGGGAAGUGUGGCACGGAAGAUGGUGUGGGCAAGACGUGGCCGUGAAAAUAUUCUCCUCCAGAGACGAAAGAUCUUGGUUUCGCGAGGCAGAAAUUUAUCAGACAGUGAUGUUGAGACACGAGAACAUCCUUGGCUUCAUUGCUGCUGACAACAAAGAUAAUGGAACUUGGACUCAACUUUGGCUUGUAUCAGAGUAUCACGAACAGGGCUCUUUAUAUGACUAUUUGAAUAGAAACAUAGUCACCGUGGCUGGAAUGAUCAAGUUGGCCCUUUCAAUAGCCAGUGGUCUGGCUCACCUACAUAUGGAAAUCGUUGGUACCCAAGGUAAGCCUGCUAUUGCUCACCGAGAUAUAAAGUCGAAGAAUAUCUUGGUGAAAAAAUGUGACACUUGUGUCAUCGCUGACUUAGGGCUGGCUGUGAAGCAUGACUCUAUCAUGAACACUAUAGACAUACCGCAAAAUCCCAAAGUGGGAACGAAGAGGUAUAUGGCUCCUGAGAUGCUUGAUGAUACAAUGAAUGUGAGCAUCUUUGAGUCCUUCAAGCGAGCUGACAUCUAUUCCGUGGGGCUGGUUUAUUGGGAAAUAGCUCGAAGGUGUUCGAUUGGAGGAAUGGUUGAGGAGUACCAGUUGCCUUAUUAUGACAUGGUGCCUUCGGAUCCUUCGAUAGAAGACAUGAGGAAGGUUGUUUGUGACCAGAAGUUCCGACCAAAUAUCCCAAAUCAGUGGCAAAGCUGUGAAGCGCUCCGGGUCAUGGGGAGAAUCAUGCGGGAGUGCUGGUACGCCAAUGGAGCGGCCCGCCUGACAGCCCUACGUGUGAAGAAGACCAUUUCUCAGCUGUGUGUCAAGGAAGACUGCAAAGCUUGACAGCAGGUCCAGGCAAAAGGACACUGGUCGCAGCUUCCAUUUGUGUCUCAGGCCUUGUGUGAAUGUUCUUGCUUCUUUUUUUGCCGUGUUGUGUUUCAGUUCUACCUCAAUGACAACUCACGACAGUGUUUAAGUGUCCCAAAGGCGGCAUCAAAAGACAACUCUAAAGUUAAGCUUGGGCAGGUCUCGACUUUUCCAAUCUUCAUGUUGCCAUUUGUUUUAUUUUUAAAGGUGACACACUCAUUUAUUUUUUAUUUAAGGAGGAAGAUGUUAUGAGUAUAAAAUAAGCUACAUAAAAUAGUAAAAAAUAAAACAACCUUUGUUUUACUUGAACCAAGAGCACACACAAAUGAGAUGAAAACAUAUUAAAAAUGUGAACUAGCGCACAUGGUAGUGAAAUAGAACUUUAGAAAUUAUCGGGACCCUUGAAAAGUUACUAUUGCUCAGAAUUUUGGUAUCUGAAGCCUGAAUGGUAGAGGCCAUCAGCAGGUUAUGAGAGCAAGGUCAUGCUCUCCGUACUCGCUCUCUCUCUCCCUGCUUGCCACUCUCGUCUUCACCUCUACAACAGCCCCUAAGGAGUUAGAAAGCCACCGAAGCCAUUGCUUCUGAUAUCUAAAAGAAGUCUCCAAGGUCUUGAACACUGUGAAAUGUCUCAGCGUCACAGAGCUCAUGCCAGAGGUGACAGCAAACCCUGUGAUAAUGAACACUGUGAAGUCAGCUGGCCCGUUAUGCUCCCUUCCUUUUCCCAUAGUGCUUUUCUUCCAAAGAGGAGGCAUCUUCAGUUAUGAUAGUUUUAAUUUAGUUAAGUAGAGAGCGUACUGAGUGUUUUGUAAGAACAUAAUGGAUUUGCUAGAAUCUCAGAACCAAUCUACUAGCAUUUCCUCAUAAAAUGUCAUCGUUAUCCCAUUCAUUAAUGAGAAAAUGUUUUCUGAACGUUGCCAAAGAUUGACCAAUUAUAAACAUACAUAGUCUAGAGAUGCAUGUCUUAAGAUGUAGUUAAUUUAAGGGUGUGUAUUUAGGAAGAAAAAUGACAGAAAGGUAAACCAGGAAAGAGCUUGAGGAAAAAUUAAGAGAAUACUUUCAGAAGAAUUUAACCACUGACUAGUACAGAGAGGACUACCUUGGCUAUGAGAAGACAUUCCUGGCCCUUUAAGAGGAACCUUUGUGGAGGGUUUUGGAGGCUCUGCCCCAGGCUCCUUUUUCGAGGUUGAAAAUAUUUAAUGGAACACCAGAUACUUCAUUCAAAUGUGCUGUACUGCUUUAGUGUAGGGGAUUUAGCAUGAUGCCUUUCAGUGUUCCCAUAGCCCAUUCCUCCGAACAGGCUUCUGCCUUGAUGUUCUCAGAACAGAAGUGUUCUCCGACAGCAUCGCAAUGAGUGAGGCUUCACACCAGCACAGACUGUUCUUUGAGCUUCUGGCAGUAAACACACCUGACCUGGAUGUCUGCAAGGCCAAACGUUUGACCAAGUACAAUGCAGUCCUUUUAUUAUAGGUAGGGCAAAGUUUUUACUAUCCGGCGUUUCGAUGUUCUGCAAAGUGUACCACAGGGAGUAACGUUCCAAAGGAUACACCUAAGUUUUCCACAAAAAGACAACUUGGUGUGUACAUCUCAGUGUGCCAAUAUGCUACCGGAUCCAUUUCAUUUGAUUUAAGUGGAGAUAAGAGACACAAAUGUCUUGGUGACUAUGGGACUUGACUAUAUUUCCAUUCCCACUCAUACAUUCAUCCAUUUAUAGGCACAGAGCACCCCGUAACUCACUUGCCACAAUAUUGGGUACAAGAGGGAAUAAAAAGAUAGAUAGGUCCUGCCCUCGGGGAUUUUCAGGUCUAAUUUGGGAGUGGGAAAAGGCAUAUGCGUAUGAGGGGAGAAAGGAAAUUGACAGAUAAAAUAUGCAGUGGGCUGUCUUGAGUUCUGCGUGACAGUGCUUUCGAGAAUAGGUCUGAAAAUCACUUCCAAUUUGCAACGCAUUUAGAAAAGAUCUUUAUUUAGAUAUUGCAGUCUAAUUAUAUUAUCAGUAUCGAAAAGGUGUGCCUGUGUGAAUGGGCAUUGAAAAGAACUGUGUGAAAGGGGCGAUCUGGCGUGUGCUUAUUCCCUUACUGCACACAGUUUCUGCAGGAAGGAAAUGAAAUUACUUACUUAGGCGAUUGUAUCCAAAUCUUCAAUAAAAACCUAAUAUAUUCUGUUCUAUUUACCACUGUUCUGUGAAUAUAUUUACUGUUUUUUUUAAAAGAGAGGGUGUUUGAGCGUCUUCUUUGUCUUUAUGUUUUAUAAUUUAUUUGAGAGUAUACAAAUGUGACUUAUAUUUUAUGGAUUCAGAUUUCACUGUGGAGAAAUCCACACAUUAGUAUGUUCUGAGACAUUUUGCUUGUUCUUCUGCUGUUGAAUUGUAAUAAUCUUAAAGGACAGAGAAACAAAAGUGUAAGGGAAAACAGUAGGAGUUACAGUUUUUCCUUACCUCUCAACACACAAUCAUACAUAGAAGCUGCUCGCUUAUUAAAAAAUAGAGGAGCAUUUAAAGAAUAAGGCAGAUUUACUGUACAUACCUAUGCAGUUCAAUUUCAGACUAUGUGUUUUUAAUGGAAUGUCAUGUGAUACUUGUUUCUCUUAAAUAUUGUUAUGAGUAAAAAAAAUACCUUCUUAGGCUAGGUGCACAGUGACGUCAUUGUUUUGCUCCUCAUGGAUGUUUUGGCUCUGGGUAUAGCAUAGAGCUUAGGAAUGCUGUUAUGAAUUUUAGUACUGUGUGCAGAAAUGAUGGGGUUUCUACACAGCAUCACUUCUUGAAAUAUGAGACGCAUUAUUUGUUGUCAACAUUUGAGCAUGAAUUUGUUGCCUUAUAAGUCGUGCGUUUAAGUUUGUAAUCAGUACCAAUUCUGUUGUCUGCAUUCUUCCGUGUCUAAAAUAUUUGGCAUGUCACAUCUAGAAUUCCUAAUUUAUGUUCUGCCUUGGGAGUUAAGUGAACCAUGACUGUCAUACUCUAUUUUAAGCAUCGCACUUGCUUUUCAUCUUUAUACUUUCAAUUAACUUUGCAUUUUAAAUUUCCAUAAUUGUAUGAAAAUAGUAACCUGAUUGCAAUGUCUGAAGAAUUUAAAAUCAGCUUUUAUUUUAAAAUGAAAUAUCUACAAUACAUCCAUUAGAUUAUAAGUUCCACAAUAACUUACCAUUUUGAAUGCUUCAACUAUUGCAGAAUGAUUAAACAAAAGAGAAGUCUACUGUCCUGGAAGUUUGCCACCAUGUAACUUAUUGGGGCAGAGCAAACGCCAGGCAAUCUGGGAGUCUAAGCAAAAGACCCAGGAGACCACUUACUGCAUUGAAGGCAGGGAGCAGGCAUCUGCCAUCACACAGGGGUCAAGAGAACAACUUAAAAUUACUUGAAAGAGAAUAGUUUUUGAUUGAUUAAAAGAAAACAUGAAAUUUUACAUGACUAAAUAAAUUCAUUUAAAAUGUGGAAACUUUGAUUUCCUAUCAAGCAGCUAAGGAACAAUAGUAAAUGUAUCAAAAUUGGUAGCUGAGGCAUUCAAUAAUCAUUGCCUUUACAUGACUUUAAAACGAACAUUUACCAACUACUUAGAAAUGUUGAUGUUUAGUGUCCUUCAAUGAUGUCAUUGUAGUUUUCGAAGCUAUUCUCUUUUUAUUUGUGAAAAUCACUUGGAUUUUGUUCACUAUCUUGGAGAAGACAGUCAUAGUUUUAAGGGCUUUUAGGUUUUAUUUUUCAGAAUUUUUUUUAAAACAAAACCAAAAAAAUCUAGAAUGUAAAACAUUCGCUAAAAAUCUAAAAUUAAUCAGAAUUUCUAUACUGUACAAAUUUUUUUUUUCCCCAAAGAAUUCUAAUGCAAACUUUGAGGUGCUUGGCUUUCUUUUGGCCCUCUAACUUUUCUUUGUUUCCUUAUUUUCUCCUACUUUUAAAUUUAAAGUUCUUUCACCACCUUCCAAAACUAUAGCUACUUCUUAAUUAUUUUUAAGCAUAGCUAUUAUUUAACCUAACCAUCCGAGAAUUUCAGACCUGUGAUGGAAAAGAAAUCCCUUAGUGAUCUAAAUUAUUUCAUGUGUGCCGCAGUGCAAAAUGAAAAUGAGACUGUAAAAGCCAAAGUGACUUUGAGCCACAAAAUAUUGAUUCCAAUAUUUUGUAGACGAGGAAGAUCAGGCAUAGGAUGGCUGCUAAUGAUCCUAAAACGCAGUGGUGACGCCUACUUCUGCAGCCUCGCCAACUUUUACAAAUUCAAAAGCUAAUCAGCAUGCAUCUUAGCCUGCUGGGUAGUUUAUUACCAUAACAUGUCGUCGCCAGUGCUGAUGGUCAAAUGCUACCACUUUCCGUAUUUCCACUCAAUCUCCCGGAUCAGUAGGAGAAAUGAAAAUGGGCAAGAACAAGGGUUUUAAAAUAGUCAUCGAGCCAGGUGGACAAGCCCUGCUAAAACUGAAAAUGCCACGGAAGAAUUCGAGUGUGAGGUUCUUGGUGCAGGGCUGGAGAUGAGGCUCAGCAGCAGGGGGCUCGCUUAGCAGUUGCAGGGACCUGGAUGGAGUCCCCAGCACUGAAAAGAGGAAGAGAGAAAAAGCAGGAAGAGGAAGGGAGAAGAGAAAAUAUUUAGUGUGAGUAAUGGGGUAAGAGAAGCUUCCAGACUCUUCCCCCUGCUUCCUUCCUACAUUUAUUGGCCAUCUCCCUUCUGUUGAAGUAGGUGAAAGAUGACUUGGUACAUGAAUUGGGGGCUGAGUUUAAUGUCAUUUGUCUUCUCUUUCUCUCAUUAGCUUUGUCUUCAGCAUUGCUUUCCCCCCCCCCCC